AUGGACGUGUCCAAACAGGUUGCAGCCCGUGCAAUGCCACCCUGCACAGAGACGGCACCAUCCGUUGUUCUGGCUGCCCGCACACUGCCACCAAGUACGGAGAUGGCCCCGACUGUCAUUCUGGCUGCCUGUGCUCUACCUACAGGCCGAGAGGUGGUCCCCAGCACCACCUCGGCUACCUGCACGUUGCCACCCUGCGCAGAGACAGCCACACUUGUAGAUCUGGCCACCCGCACUCUGCCACCGUGUGUGGAGAUGGCCCCGAUCGUGGCUACAGCUGCCCGUGCUCUGCCACCGAGCACAGAGGUGGCUCUGAACAUUGUUUUGGCUGUCUGCACUCUACAAACCUCUGCAGAAGUGGCCCCACCAAUAGUUUUGACCACCCGCACUCUGCCACCAAGUGUGGAAGUGGCCCUGACCAUCAUUCUGGGUGCCCGUGCUCUACUUAUAAGCACAGAGGUACUCCCUAACAAUGCUGUCAUUAACCGUGCAAUGCCACCCUGCACGGAGGUAGCCCCACUCGUAUGUCCGGGCACCCACACUCUGCCACCACGUGGGGUGGUGACCUCGACUGUCAGUUUGGCUGUCUGUGUGAUGCCACCCUGUGUGGAGGUGGCCCUGCCUGCACAUUCAACAUCACUCUGCAUGUUGAAGAUUCUGAGCAAUUCUCCACAAUCCCAUGCAAAACAAGCUACCUCAGGAAGCACAGACACUGCUCCAUCCCAGCCUGUGCCUACAUCGUCUGCAGACACCACAUGUACCUUUCUCAACUUUCAUGUGCAUUCAUCAUUGCCACUGCAGGGCACUUGGCCUCCACUGUUUGGAGGUUUCCAAAUCACCGCUCCAGUGGACCUUGUAAUUCCACCUGCCACGUGUGGAGUCGUCGUUGCUGAAAACACGAGUGUGCUUCACUCUGGUGGUGAUGUAAGGCCCCCUUUACAAGCCUUUAUGAAUUAUUGUGAUAUUCCAACAACUUUUCAGGGAAUAGCAAUCACAGGGCCUCCACCAUUCCCAGGAUUUCUGUCCACUGCUCCAUGA